GAUGUUGAACAUGUUGUUCUUAAUCAUGUUUUAUUUCACCUCGAUUUUAUUUCUAUGUUUUUUCCUUUUUUUCUCAAUUCUAACACUCACAACAUUCAUAGGACAAUCCAUAGGAAACCCAAAAUAUCCACCAGUAAAAGGAACAAUCUUUAACCAAAUAAUCAACUUCAAAACACUCUUUCAUUACCUAACAAAAAUAUCUCAAACCAAUCCAACUUUUAGGCUUCUUGCGCCUAAAAAAAGCAAGAUUUACACAUGUGACACAAGAAAUGUUGAGCACAUACUCAAAACACAAUUCCAUAAAUAUUCCAAAGGGAAGUUUAACCAUGAUACUAUUUUUGAUCUUUUUGGUGAUGGGAUUUUUGCUGUUGAUGAUGAUAAAUGGAGACAUCAAAGGAAGCUUGCUAGUGUUGAGUUUUCUACUAGAGUUCUUAGAGAUUUUAGUUGCAAUGUUUUUAGAAGGAAUGCUGAUAAGUUGGUUAGAGUUGUUUUGGGGUUUUCUAAUGCUGGAUUGGUCUUUGAUAUACAAGAUAUAUUAAUGAAAUGCACUUUGGACUCCAUAUUCAAAGUUGGGUUUGGAGUGGAGUUGCAUUGUUUGGAGAGAUCAAGCAAAGAGGCAAAUGUUUUCAUGGAAGCUUUUAAUGAUUCAAAUGCUUUUGUAUUCAAACGCUAUUUGGACCCCUUUUGGAAAUUGAAAAGGGUUCUUAAUUUUGGAUCAGAGGCUUCCCUUAAGAAGAACAUAGAAACAAUUGAUGAUUUUGUGCACAGUCUAAUCGAGACCAAAAGGAAUCUUCUAUCCUUGCAAAAGGAUAAUUUUAGUGAUAAAGAGGACAUACUUUCAAGGUUUUUGCUAGAAAGUGAAAAGGACCCUUCAAAUAUGACUGAUAAAUAUUUGAGAGAUAUAAUUCUAAACGUUAUGAUUGCUGGAAAAGACACAAGUGCCAACACUUUGUCAUGGUUCUUCUACAUGCUUUGCAAGAACCCUCUUAUACAAGAAAAAGUGGCACAAGAAGUGAUAAAUAUUACUUCUACUAUGCAAGAAAGUCAAGUCAAUUUAGAUGAAUUUGUGACCAAUAUUACUGAUGCUACCCUUGAUAAAAUGCAUUACCUUCAUGCUGCAUUAACAGAGACAUUGAGGCUAUAUCCUGCUGUUCCAAUGAAUGGUAGGACAGCAGAAGAACAUGACAUCCUUCCUGAUGGCUACAUAGUAAAUAAGGGAGAAACAGUGUACUACUUGUCCUAUGCUAUGGGCAGAAUGCCUUACAUUUGGGGGGAUGAUGCUGAAGAAUUUAUACCUGAAAGAUGGCUCAAAGAUGGAAUCUUUCAACCUGAAUCUUCAUUCAAAUUCAUAGCUUUUCAUGCUGGUCCACGUAUCUGCUUAGGAAAGGAUUUUGCAUAUAGGCAGAUGAAAAUAGUAUCAAUGGCACUUAUUCGAUUCUUUCGGUUUAAAUUGGCAAAUGAAACAAAUGAUGUGACAUAUAGAACUAUGUUCACUCUUCACAUUGACAAAGGCCUCCCUCUAUAUGCAGUUCCAAGGUGUGAUGUAUCUUGAAUAUUGAAAGUGGUGUAUUUGGAAGUGCUUGGCAUUUCUGAAAUUUUGUUUUUGUGGAUCACUAUUAUUUUGCUUCUUAAUUGAUGAUGUAAUAUAUUUUUGAGAUCAAUAGAGAUUUUUAGUUGGUUCA